UCACUAACCACCUACGGCCUACGACUGGGAUGCACACCCAACUACCAGCCAAGUCCAACAUUCCUCCUGUCAGUGGCUCAAGCCGCUCCACUUCAGUGGAGUUCUUCAUCAGGUCCAAUGGCGUUCCCUGCCGAAGGGGGACGCUUCUUUUCAUGUCUUUUGGUCAGCUGUGGGCUGCUAGCAGAGUCAGUGGUGGUGGACAACAAGGGACUUGGAAACGUCGCCGUGAACGACGGAGAGCUGGGAACGUCAUUCGUGGAGUUAGGAAGUGCCAAGUUGCAGCCGGGCGCUCUUCUCCGAGUUGACGAGGAGCAUCGAGUAUCUCUGGUGGACUUCGAGUUCUACCGCUUCUCCUUGUCCGAAGGGACCCUGGAGCUUGACGAUCUGUACCUCUACGACGAGCUCUCCCAAGCCUUGGACCUUACGGAUCAACAGACGCUGCUGCAGGCACGGUUAGGCGGUCCCGAAGUGCUGAGCAACUCUGGUGAUGUGGCGCCCUGUGUGGAUGGAAAGUCGGAUACUAGAUGUCACCUAGAUGCAGGGCAAAACAUCGUUCUGAAGCUGGCCCCAGGUCGCCCGGUGAGCGCGUACGGCUUCACUGUGGUGAACAUUUCUGGGACGGCAGCGAUCCCGGUGGAUUUCUCCAUGGCCGGCUCAGCAGAUGGAUCGACCUGGCGUAACCUCAGCGUGAAGCACAGCGUGACGUUGCCCAAUGGUGGAUCAGCGGGGUUGAUGGUGGGACCCUUCGUGCUUUUGGACCUCACUGGACAGGCGGCCUCGCGAAGUUCGGGAUCCGAAGCGCGCUGGGCCACGGAGACCCACCCGGCCAAGGUCGAGGCUGUAGACCUCACAACGCCGGCCCCGGUGCAUUUGGCCUUCACCAGUACGGUGCCCCCACCGCCGGCCACGAGCACGGCAGCGCCAGCCGCGGCACAGAGGGUGGCAGAGGCGGUGAUGAAAGCCUCCGAGCAUUCGCAGCUCCCGGUGCCGGAAGAACUGGCCUCCGCCGCCGCCGCCGGCGCGGCGGCCGCGGAUCGGCCCGAGGGGUCGCUGUCGCCCGAGGCUAUCGCGGAAGUAGCCAAGGGGACCGGAGUGUCAACUCCGAUUCUGCAGAGGCUCAAGAGCUCUCUGAAGGCUGUGGAUUGCAAGUACUACGGUGCCAUCAUGGCCAUGUGGAAUAGCGCCAGCUUGGCGCGCGACGGCACGGAUGUGGCCAUCAAGGUGAAGAAAGUCGUCACUGUCUCUGCGGACGCGGGAUUUUCAGUGGAGCAACAGGCCCAAGCCGGCGCCGCGGCGGCGGCGGCGGGCCUGGCCUCGCUGACGACCGAAGGCCCUUCGGGGGUGAUUGCAGAGGUGCUCAGGGCGUCAGAUGCGGCAGGACUGGAUUUGGAGAUGCAGACGCGGAUGGCCGCGGUUCUGGAAACCCAAAGCUCACAGCAACAGGCUGCGCUGCUGAUGCUGCUGAAGGCCGCAGUGCUCAGCACCACCACGGACAGCGCCACCUACUCCGAGCCCACGUAUCACACUGCCACGGGGGCGGCGAAGCUGGUGGGGGAAGAGGUGGCACAGGCGGUGGCCAGCCUGGAUGUGGAUCCUCAGACGAAGCUUCAGGUGAUCUCUGCCGCUGCCGCGGCAGCGCAAGAGGCGGAAGGGCACAGCUCCACCACGACCAGUUUCGACGGUGUGAAGUUGGUGGUGGAUGCUGCGCAAGACGCCGGUAUCAAGGACAUUGGGAAGCUGAGAAAGGUGCAAGAAGAAGCACGCAUCAUGACGCCAGAUCAGCAGAAGGCCGCCGCGCGUUCGCUGGAGGCAGCAGGGGCUGGCCGCCCUUUCGCCAACGUGACUACGACCACUCGCGGCCCUGCGGCGGCGGACACGGUGGAGAAAGUGUCGGGGGUGGUGAAAGCAGCCGCAGCAGCAGGAAUGAGCGAGGAACAGCAAGCGUCGGUGGCAGCCACGGCAGUGGUGGCAGCAUCGCCGGCUGCGCAGGCUGCGGCUGGCUCGGCCGUCUCGGCCUCGGCCACGGUGCAGGAGCCGGGCCUCACGAAGCUCGUCGAGGCAGCCAAGGGUCUAGGGUUGAGCACGGAACAGAAGUCUUCGAAUGCAGCGUGUUGUGAAAAUUCCAGUUGGUGUGCCAAUGAUGUGGCAAUCGUUGGACAUAGUCUUGCUAAGCCAGAUACCUUUGGUCCAUUGUGGCAAACCUUUCAAACUGGUUUUCAAAUAUCCAAAAACUGUUUCACCGUACAGCGCAACCUUUCCAGAAUAGAACCUUCCAGUCGUCCUCUCAUAGCUUGUCAUGGCACGUUUCACCGGAAAAUGAUUGUGCAACCAAGCGCUGUGAAUGAGUGCCCAUGCAUAGACUGGGUGCAUGCAUCCAAAAAUGGGGCCCUUGCAACCAGUAGCUUCUUCGAUCUGAGAGACAAGCAAGUUGGCCUUUGAC